AUGGAUUUACUCUCACACUAUCACGAUCAUCGUCAUCUAAGGUCACCAUCAAGAUUGGGUAAACUGAUUGCCCAGUGGAGGUCAUUUUGUAAUAAGCCACCGGAAGGAUUUGAGAAAUUUUUUGGUAAAUCAAGUGAGUUGAUAAGAAAACACCAACUGAGAAUCAAACCAAAGAAGCUGCUGGAGAAUCGAGUUCAGCUAAACGUAGUAGUGAGAGAAAAGAAUCCGAUUUUGAACCCUCAUCACGAGCAAAGUCUUCAUCUUCCUUCAAAGUUAUCCUCAUCACCAUCGGAUUCUCAAAAUAAAUAUACCUGGAAAUGGGAUUUUAGUUUCGGUGGUGGUAAAAAAUCAUCAGGACCAAAUAAGGCUUUACCUUAUAUCGCCUAUGGAGCUUCAGCUCUUUUGGGUUUAUUGGUUCUCAAUGAGUUGAGAUACAAAGAGAUCUCAUGGAAAGAUUUUGUCAACAACCAUUUGGCUCGAGGAACCGUUGAAAAGUUAGAGGUAGUCAACAAGAAAUGGGUUCGAGUUAAAUUUUAUUCCGAUGCCUCUCAAGCAAAUACAACUUCCGUCCUUUGGUUUAAUAUCGGAAGUGUCGAUGCCUUUGAACGUAAUUUAGAAAAUAUCCAAGCCGAAAUGAGUCUUGAGCCUUCAAAUUAUGUUUCUGUUGUUUAUAGAAAUGAAAUGGAAGUUCGAGAUUUUCUCAGUUUCGUUCCUACGAUGAUAAUCAUAGGUAGUAUGUUCUACUUUUUCGAUAAAUCUCGAAACAUGAUGGGAGGACGAAUGGGAGGUCGUGGUGGAAUCUUUGGAAUGGGAGAAUCUGCGGCCAAAGUGAUAAACCGUUUUAAUACACCGUAGCUUUAAAAAGUUUAUAUGGCUAGAAUUUUCUCUCAGACUUACCUUCUUGUUGGAGACUCGAUUUACCAAGAGAGUUUUUGAUAUAAUCAGACAACUUAAAUAAAACAGUUGAUUUAGUUCA